CCGACCACGGUGUUGGCUGGUGUUGGUCAUGAAAAAGAUAGUUCGCUGAAGGUUUGCAAGACUUUUUAAACUGUUAAUUAGUAUGUUAGUGAAAUAAAAACAUUCAUAGAAGACCCAAUGAAAUUUCCAUUAUAACAAAUUCAAUACAGGUACUCAUGCAUAAAUAGUGUCACAUAGGCAUAUAAAAAUAAAUUAGAAUGGAACCAUCAUGUUCACAUUCUAAGUGCGACGUGUUUGAAAUAAGCAAAACCUCAUACGAAAACAAUGUAGAAAAUAAGACUGGUAGCAACAACAAAUUAGGUGAAAAGUCAAGCAGCUCAUGUAACGUUAGGCAAAAAAUAGAUGAUCUCGAACGGCAGGACUUUGAGGAGGAGAAUAGAAUGUUAAAGCACUGUUCUAGUAUGAUAGUUGAUGAUGAAAUUGCGGCUGCAGCACGUUUCUCCGGUAACCUGUCUAGUGCUAACUCAAGUCUUGCCUCCAGUUCGGAAACAAUAUCGACUUUAUCAAAUAUGAUGGCAAAUGACUUUAGCUUGCCUGGCUGCAGCAAGAAUGAAGAUUGUGAAGGCAGCAAUGCCACAAUAAAGAACAUGAUUCACUCGCGAAGACCACUGUAUCAAGCAACAAAAGCAACGCCUAACAAAAAGGUGGAUUUUAUGCAAAAGUUAUUGAGUAGUAACAUACAAGAGAAGAAAGACUUUCCCAAAGGGAAGCUUUACAAAAGUGAUCUGAUGGAGCACUCUGGGGAUGCUGAUAUGUGCGAAGAAUUGAGUGGAUCUACGAGUCGGACCAGCUCUAAUGCUUCCAGUAUUGCGAGCACAAGUUCUGAAAGCAAAGACUUUACAGUUCCUUCAACGUCUAACGCUGAAAAGUUAUUGGGCUUAGAUGACAGCAGCAAGAGAAACGGCAGCGGAAACUCUAAAUUUUCGGUUUACGAAUUCGACGACGAUUCUGAUGACGAAAUCAACGAGGAGUCGUGGUGCACUUGCCUGUCAUCACACGAGGACGACGACGAAGAUGAUGAACCGGAACCCGACGAAAGGCUAUGGAGAAAACGGCGCUAUGAACCCCCGCCGCCCCAGUCCGCUAAGAAGUUCUGCCCAGACGGCAGUGUUAUGCCCAGCGCUGGAUCCGAAUGGCCCACCAUCCACUCAAAUAUCUCGCUGCCAAACGCUACCAGCCUUCAGGGACCGCCAGAGUUGAAACAGUGGCUGCAGAGGUUCCUACAGUGGUCUAACGGUGAGAAAGUUCAAGCGAUAGAUGCUUUCAUAAACUUGUGCACUCCAAGCCACGUUCGCUACAUGAUGAAGUCGAUCGAGCCGCUGUUCCAAAGAGAUUUCAUCUCCCUACUGCCCAAGGAAUUGGCCCUAACAGUGCUGGGGUACUUGGCGCCAAAGGAUCUGCUCCGGGCCGCACAGACUUGCCGUUAUUGGAGGUUCUUAGCAGAUGACAAUCUACUUUGGAAGGAGCAGUGUCGUCGCAUUGGUCUAACGACCCUCAAGAAGAUGCCCAGGUCCCUACCACGUUACGAUAGCCCCUGGAAGACGGCCUUCAUGCGUCAGUCCAUGAUACAGGAUAACUGGCUCCAUAAGUCCGUUCUCAGUCCCAUAGUGAUGAGGGGUCAUGAUGAGCAUGUCAUCACUUGCCUACAGUUCUAUGGAAACCGCAUACUGAGUGGCAGUGAUGACACUACGCUCAAAGUCUGGUCCGCCAUUACUGGGAAGUGCCUUCGCACGUUGGUCGGUCAUUCCGGAGGAGUGUGGUCAUCACAGAUGGUGGGCGAUCUGGUCAUCAGCGGCUCUACGGAUCGAACCCUUCGCGUCUGGAGCGCCAAGAGUGGUCAAUGCUUAAAAGUCCUCGCUGGGCAUACCUCCACUGUGCGUUGCAUGCAUCUGCAUCAGAACAAAGUGGUAUCAGGGUCGCGAGAUGCAACUUUACGCGUCUGGUCCAUCCCAGACGGGCGUUGUCUUCGUGUGCUGAUUGGACACUUGGCUGCCGUACGAUGCGUACAGUACGACGGCAAAGUCGUAGUGUCUGGAGCUUAUGAUUACUUCGUCAAAGUGUGGAAUCCUGAAACCGGGGAGUGCUUGCACACACUGGCUGGGCAUACCAAUAGGGUCUACAGCUUGCAAUUUGAUGGCAUCCACGUGGUGAGCGGGUCCCUGGACACCUCAAUCCGCGUUUGGGAUGUGGAAUCAGGUCAACUGAAACACACGUUGACCGGCCACCAGUCGCUCACAUCUGGUAUGGAGUUGCAUUCCAACAUCCUGGUGUCUGGUAACGCGGAUUCCACUGUCAAGGUGUGGGACAUCACUACUGGACACUGCCUUCAUACUCUUUCUGGCCCAAACAAGCACCAGUCAGCGGUAACGUGCCUCCAAUCUAGCAACCGUUUCGUGAUCACUUCAUCCGAUGACGGUACAGUCAAACUGUGGGACGUACAGACAGGUGAAUUUAUUCGUAACCUCGUCGAACUAGGCUCAGGAGGCUCGGGCGGUGUCGUUUGGCGUAUCCGAGCCUCGGCUACCAAGCUGAUAUGCGCUGUUGGCUCUAGAAAUGGUACAGAGGAAACCAAGUUGCUUGUACUGGAUUUCGACGUACCCGGCGCUUGUAGAAAAUGCGACGAAUAGCAUAGACUUAACCGGCGCAUCGUGCGUCGAUACGCUAACAUGUACGCCCCGUGGAACUGCUAAAUGCUAUCAGCCUUACUACUAACAAUUUACACUUCUACCCUCCUUUUUCUAAAAAGUGGUUUAAUGCACAAAGAAGAUUUUAACUUAUCGCCGAAAAACGAGGGAAUUUUUAAAAACUUAGAUGUUUAAAAAAAAUGCUACUUAGGGCCGAAUUUUUUAGUUUGGUACUGUGUAACAAACUUUUUAGAAACAUUUUUAAAUUAGAAGCUUUUCUAAAUUCUCAGGAUUUUUUCGCGAUCAUUUACAAACAACUUUUUGCUGUUAACCAUUUUUAGAAAAAAGAUGGCAAUAGUGGCCUGUACACAUUACAGUCAAUAUGUAUAAAGCCAUUUGGUUAACACAGUGUGUAUAUUUUUAUUAGUAAAGGCCUAUUUUUACUGCCGCAAAAUGACGAUUUUAUCAUGAUAUGUUAUCACAGAACCUCAGCUGAACUAAAAAUAAGUAAUGAAUUAUACUGACUCAACACCAAAUAGAUUUAAUCAUAAUAAUUAUUGUGUUGAAAUAUGACGAUUGAUGAAAUUUCAUUUUUUUUAAUGUCUUUAUUUAUGGAUAUUUUAUGAUAGGAUUAUAUUGUAUUUAUGCCAUACACAAAUUGAGACUUUUUUCUGUAAAGAAUUGGUCCUCUCAAAAUUGACUAAUAAUGUUCUGUACACUAUUCAAUUAAGUGGUAUUUUAUUACACCGCAACCUCAGCUAAACUAAAAACGAAUAAUAAAUUAUCUUGACUCAACACCAAAUAGAUUUAAUCGUGAUUGUGUUUUAACCUACUAAUAUUAAAUGUUGAAAUAUGACGAUUGAUGAAAUAUCAAAUUUUUUUAUGUCUUUAUUUAUGAAUAAAAAUGAAUAAUGAAUUAUCUUGACUCAACACCAACUAGAUCUAAUCAUGAUUGUGUUGUAUAUCGAGAUUUUAUGAUUGACGAUUGAUGAAAUUCAAUUUUUUUUAAUGUCUUUAUUUAUGGAUAUUUUAUGUUAGGAAUAUAUUGUAUGAAUAUAUGCCAUAUACAACUUGAGGCUUUUUUCUGGAAAGGUUUAGUCCUCUCAACCUUGAACUGUUUUGUACACUAUUCAAUUAAGUGGUAUUUUUUUUAUUACACAACCUCCGCUGAACUAAAAAUAAGUAAUGAAUUAUACUGACUCAACACCAAAUAGAUUUAAUCAUAAUAAUUAUUGUGUUGAAAUAUGACGAUUGAUGAAAUUUCAUUUUUUUUAUGUCUUUAUUUAUGGAUAUUUUAUGUUAGGAUUAUAUUGUAUUUAUGCCAUACACAAAUUGAGACUUUUUUCUGUAAAGAAUUGGUCCUCUCAAAAUUGACUAAUAAUGUUCUGUACAUUAUUCAAUUAAGUGGUAUUUUAUUACACCGCAACCUCAGCUAAACUAAAAACGAAUAAUAAAUUAUCUUGACUCAACACCAAAUAGAUUUAAUCGUGAUUGUGUUUUAACCUACUAAUAUUAAAUGUUGAAAUAUGACGAUUGAUGAAAUAUCAAAUUUUUUAUGUCUUUAUUUAUGAAUAAAAAUGAAUAAUGAAUUAUCUUGACUCAACACCAAAUGAUCUAAUCAUGAUUGUGUUGUAUAUCGAGAUUUUAUGAUUGACGAUUGAUGAAAUUCAAUUUUUUUUAAUGUCUUUAUUUAUGGAUAUUUUAUGUUAGGAAUAUAUUGUAUGAAUAUAUGCCAUAUACAACUUGAGGCUUUUUCUGGAAAGGUUUAGUCCUCUCAACCUUGAACUAUUUUGUACACCAUUCAAUUAAGUGGUAUUUUUUUUAUAACGCAACCUCAGCUGAACUAAAAAUGAACAAUGAAAAAAUUAUUUCAUAGACUUAAUAAGUAAUAUGAACUAAAAGGCAUUACGUAAUGUUAAGAAAACAAUAAAUUCUUUUUUUUAUACAACUUUCAAAGAGCCUUUCAAGUUUUCUGCAAAGGUAAAUUUAAUUCAUGAGAUAUUUAUCCUUAUAGUUAUCAUUCGGGGAAAGCCUACUUCCUAAUAUUUAUUAUUUGCCUAAUAUUUAUUAUCUAUUAUGAUUAAAUCUAUUAAUAUUACAAUUAUAUCAAUUUCAUUAUUUUAAUUUAAGAUUAAUUCAGUAUAUAUUAUUAACUAAUUAUUGAAAUUUAUUUUUAUUUCUUAAAACAUUAAUCGAGUUUAUAUGUUUAUUUUAUGUUUUCUUUAUAGUCUACAAAUUGUAAAAGUUAUACACACAGUUAGUCACACAAAAUUUCUAUUUUAAAAUAAUUCAUCACAUUUGUUACCAAACAUCGAUCACAAACUAUUGUAUCACAAAUUUCACUAGGUUAUAAAUUGUUCCUAUGUGCUAUAACAAUGUAAAACCAAUUAUUACUGAGGUGUGCGUAUAGCAUGUAACAAAUUGUGAAGAAUUCUUACAUAUAUUAGAGAAUGUUAUAUAACGGUAUAAACAUUAUAACUUUCUCUAAAAAUGCUGUAUUCUAUAUCAAUUGUUACAUGUUAAACUCACUCCCACACCAGUAAUAAUAGGUUUAGGUGUUAUAUAACAAUUAUGUCCUGUAAACGAAUAACGCUUAUCAAGUAUCGUCAUUUUUAGCGGUGUUUAUUUAUUGGAGAAAAUAUUCAACACAAUAAUAUAGGUAAUAUUGCAAAAUCUCGUAGAAUAUUUGAUCCGAUCUUUAUUAUAAUAGCAUAGCAGUUGCGAGUGUAUAGUUAGUUUGUUAAGACUAGUUUAUCGAGAAACUAUUACAAAGUUUACCCACCAGGUAACCGGACGAGCCCUGGUGCAAGCUUUCAAGUAAGCUAACGUGGCACAUGCGUUGACGUUUUGUCAUUCAUGUAUUUAACAUGUAUACUGGAUACUCGCGAUCAGCGUCCUUUGUAUGAGAUUUUACUCCUCAACAAUGUUAAUAGAAAUCGAACGAAUGGAACAAAAUAACGCCAGAGUAAAAUAUACCUGAUGUUCCUUGAUUUAAAGUUAAAAAAAUUAGUACAAACGAUUUUCAUUUCGCAACGUUUCCGCUUAGACCGCUGGCAUUAGAUGUAUGGAUGAACUUGACCUUUAAAACAAGGCAGUUAAGGGUCUCCUUACACUAAAACCAAAAAAUGUAAGACUUCAAGCUCCAAAUUUACCAUCAUAGUAAAGGCUCCCACAAAAUUGAAUACAAGUUUAAAUCAAUAUCAAUAUAAAUCAAUCUUUCGUAUUGACAUUUAAUGUAUCAUAUUUACAAAAUGUAUUUUAUUCAUUUUUUAAUGAUCAAUCUCCCGCACCCAGUUUUAUUGAAAAAAAUAACAGACUCUUGAAGCCCUAUAUCUGUCGUUAGAAAUUAUCUGAUUUACUGGAAAAAAAAACUUAAAUAUCAGAAAUAUAGUCCUAUUGACACAUAAUUUACAAGAA